AAGCCGCUUUGUGAGGCUACCUCUCAGCCUCUCACUCAUUCCCUCCCCCCUCUUCACCCCCUCUGCAUCCCCCUGCCUCCAGCGCUUGCUGGGAACCAGCUGAGAGCAUCCUUUGCCCAAAUCUGCUUUGCUUCUCAGGCUCCUUUCCUUCCUCCCAUAUCUGAGCCCAUGUUCCGGGGACUGGCUGGAAGUCCGGAGCGUCCUCCGGAGGGAGAGCUGGUACCCGGAGGCAUCUCUUAGGAUGAACCCGGCGCAUCUCAUCCCUGGGACUCUGCAGAAUGGCAUAGAGGAGGCGUUUUAAGCAGGCGGGAGCUGGGCUUGCCGCAGGACCCCGACUGCCAGGCACUGGUGAAGCGUGUGCAGGGAGCCUCUGUUCCUGAAGGAGGGGAUCAUGGCUUUCAUGUUGCUCACCCGGCGGCUGGCCUGCACCUUCCAGCACAGCUACCGCCUGCUCGUGCCCAGCUCCAGACACAUCAGUCAGGCCGCAGCCAAAAUCGACGUCGAAUUUGAUUAUGACGGGCCCCUGAUGAAGACCGAAGUCCCUGGGCCUAGAUCUCGGGAGUUAAUGAAACAGCUCAAUAUGAUUCAGAAUGCAGAUGCUGUGCAUUUUUUCUGCAAUUACGAAGAGAGCCGGGGCAAUUACCUGGUCGAUGUGGAUGGCAACCGGAUGUUGGACCUUUACUCCCAGAUUUCCUCUGUCCCCAUAGGCUACAGCCACCCCGCUCUCCUGAAGCUGGUCCAACAGCCUCAAAACGCGAGCACUUUCAUCAACAGACCUGCCCUCGGAAUCCUUCCCCCAGAGAACUUUGUGGAGAAGCUCCGGGAGUCCUUGCUCUCGGUGGCUCCCAAAGGAAUGUCCCAGCUCAUCACCAUGUCCUGCGGCUCCUGCUCCAACGAAAAUGCCUUUAAGACCAUCUUCAUGUGGUACCGGAACAAGGAAAGGGGCCAGACGGGUUUCUCCAAAGAGGAGCUGGAGACGUGCAUGAUCAACCAGGCCCCCGGCUGCCCCGAGUACAGCAUCCUCUCCUUCAUGGGCGCGUUCCACGGGAGGACCCUGGGGUGCUUAGCGACCACGCACUCCAAAGCUAUUCACAAGAUCGACAUCCCUUCCUUCGACUGGCCCAUCGCACCAUUCCCACGGCUAAAAUAUCCUCUGGAAGACUUUGUGAAAGAGAACCAGCAAGAAGAGGCCCGCUGUCUGGAAGAGGUAGAGGAUCUGAUCGUAAAAUAUCGGAAAAAGAAGAAGACGGUGGCCGGGAUCAUCGUGGAGCCCAUCCAGUCCGAGGGCGGCGACAACCACGCAUCUGAUGACUUCUUCCGGAAGCUGAGAGACAUCUCCAGGAAGCACGGCUGCGCCUUCUUGGUGGAUGAGGUCCAGACAGGAGGGGGCUGCACUGGCAAAUUCUGGGCCCACGAGCACUGGGGCUUGGCUGACCCGGCGGACGUGAUGACCUUCAGCAAGAAAAUGAUGACAGGAGGCUACUUCCACAAGGAGGAGUUCAGGCCCAACGCGCCGUACCGGAUCUUUAACACCUGGCUGGGGGACCCGUCCAAGAACCUGCUGCUGGCCGAGGUCAUCAACAUCAUCAAGCGGGAGGACCUGCUGAACAACGCGGCCCGCGCCGGGAAGGUCCUGCUGACGGGGCUGCUGGACCUCCAGGCCCGGUACCCCCAGUUCAUCAGCAGGGUGAGAGGACGAGGUACGUUUUGCUCCUUCGACACUCCCGAUGAGUCCAUACGGAAUAAACUCGUUUCAAUGGCCAGAAACAAAGGCGUGGUGCUGGGAGGCUGCGGGGACAAAUCCAUCCGGUUCCGCCCCACUCUGGUCUUCAGGGAUCACCACGCACACCUGUUCCUCAACAUCUUCAGUGACAUCUUAGCAGGCUUCAAGUAAAGGAGCCAUCUCCCCUGCGCUCUGAGAAAGCCCCGAUCUCAACAGUUGUCAAAUUGAUUAGUUUGCCUAAUUCAUGUUUUCACUUAAAGGAUCAGAGGCGAAUGCGUGACCUAUAGGGUUCUUUGCAGGGAGGGGACGUCUGUGGUGGCUUGGGGGGUGGGGGGACGGGCGGGAGGGGCUGGCUUUGAUUCUCCUCCCUGCAGAGCCAAUGAUGUACAUUGGUGUAAGCCCAGAAAUUCUGCUUGAGCCCUGGACGUAGUCUCAGGCAGGGCCAUGAGGGUUCUGGCCGUAUGUCUGCCCACCUCGACCCCAACCGUUUCUUUGGAAGCCAGGCAAGGGAAUGACAGCUGCUCCCGGGACUUUUGGGCUCCGGUCCCUCUCAAGUGCCAUAUUCUGUGACCGAGGAUGCUGACACCCCUCGCCCUGGCAGACAUGCUCUCCCCUCCCACCCAGCCCUGGAGCUCUGAGCAGGUGCCGUGCACAGUUCAUUGACGGACGGGACAGAUCGUACGGGGGCAGGAGAGCAAGGACAUUAGGACUGAGCUGUGGUCUGGGAAGGGGUCCUGUGGCCUCCUUACGUACGACUGGGGCCACCCUGCUCGGUGCAUCUGGGGACCCUCUAAAUUGUGAAUUCUGUCCUUGACGGGCUGUUGCCUUGGAGAAUCUCUGUGCCAUUACUGGCACCUCUUACUCACCGACCCUCUGUUCCCCACACUCUGUUCCCUCUGUUAAAUGUGAACCCAGACGUCGGUGGCGGGGGAGAGGGGACGGGACUGCAGCCUGAGCAUCCAAGGGGACACACAGGAGCCGGAGGGUCAGAAGCACAAGCCAGUCUCCCGGGAGCGGCAGAGCCAAGUCCUCCUGUCUCCCCGGGGCAUCUGGGGUCUGACCUGUGGACCCCUCGCCCGGGGGGCUCUCUAGCUUCUCCUCACCCACCCCUGCUCCACUUGUGCGCCGCCCUUGCCGGACUCCAUCACAGGCAGUCAGUUGCUGAGCUAGGUGUUUUCCUCAAGAAGCACCUAGAACACUGGGUGCCAAAACUCCCCCAGAAACCAGAUUGCCCGCUGGUUCAAGGUGGCAUCCUCAUACUGGCCACUCCAGAGGACAGCUGUUCCUGACAUGAAAGAGCGUGUAGAUUUCCAGGCGGAGGAUACUGGAAUGCUUAGUUGGCCUGUGGCUGAGGCUCAGGGGCCUCUUCUGGAGGCCAGGCAUUCUUGGGACUCGUUGGACUUCAGAUGCCCCUAAAAAGAGCAUCUGGCUGUCCUGCAGCCGUGCAGACUCGGGAAGCCUGGCUGUCCUCCCGGCCCACCCCCUGCUGCCUGGCCGGCUGGCUCGGGACAGGGGCAUAUCAAGGUUCCCGGUUCGGCACUUUGUUCUUUCAAUAACUAAUCAUCCAAAGACCUCAACCCGGUUGUUUUUUUUGGUUUUCUGUCGUGUGUCAGGCUAUCUGCUCUGCCAGCAAAAUGGAGGUGUCCGCCCCUCUCUCUGCGGGAUGCCACUCGUCUGUUCACUCGUCCCUUUAACCGGUCACUCCUUCAUGGGACUGUCCUUAUGUACCUGCUCUGCCCCAGGCCCAGUGCAAAGCCCUAGGAAUACAGAGGGGAAAUACAACAUGGUCCCUCCUCUCGAGGGACUCACAUGCCAUCGGGGACAACAGACUCUUAAGUCAGUAGUCAAAGCACAGGGGCAAGUGCUGUGCCGAGAGGAAUGUACUGGAACGUCAGGAAAUCAGAGGGAGUGUCCGCCAGGGGCGGGGCUUUUCAGGGGGCAAGUGACCUUUGAGCAGGGUUUUGCAGAACAAGCAAGAGUUCUCCAAGCAGACAAGGCAAGGAAGAGUGUCACAGGAAAGGGAACACACUUUCAAAGGCACCUCAGCCCACAGUCUCGCACCUUUCGCUGGGGAUCCAGAUUCUCAAUAUCCCAAGAUUCAAGGCCUUAUUUAACAAGCCAGAUGCAAACCAAACCAUAAUUCAUUUAUUGGCCUAAGGACGCUUUCUCUGGAGAACUUUAACGUUGGGUACAAACAUCCAGUAAGGUUCCUGGGGUCCCAAAGGUUUCCGAGCCAGGGCACGACCAGAAACUGGGCUCUCUUUGGUGGAGAGAGUGGCCAUAGACAUUUUGUUCUCUCCCACGGGGCAGUCAUAGAGGAAUGAAAUCGUUUUACCUGGGAAGUCAUGUCCAGACUUACUCGCUCCGUACCAAGGGAAGUUACUUCUCGUGAAACUUCUUAAGCCAUUUAUCAACACGUUCUUGUUGGCUCAGGGCGUAUUCGGAGUUCCUGAGGCAUCUUCUUUUCAGGGUGGGGGUAUAGCUGGAAGGAUUUCAAAGCAGAGGACUCUCGGCAGGGCUCAAGGUAGAAACUAUGGAGAGGUGGGUAACAACGGGGAGCCCGGCCGACAGGUUGCUGUCCAGGGCUGGGCCCGCGGAGUGCUUCUGUGGCCGACGGUCUGGGAACGAACCCAUCUCCCAUCAGUGCUGUAGACUUUAGUAACUAUCUCCAGCAAGUCUUUUACAGAAAGCAAGGUCCUGUAAUAGCAAGUCUUAGCACAUCCUCACUUUUAUUGUAAAUGUUUUUUUAUAAUUUUUACUGACAGUAACCAUGCAAAAUUGUGCACAUUAAAACAUCUAUAUAUCUAUACCUAUCUCUAUACAUAUAUAUAUAAAUGUAUACAUAUAUCAGCUCAUGGUAGAGAAGCAUAGCUAGGGAGCACCGCCCACUAAUGCAUUCAAAUCUUGUUUACGGUAUUCUGUUGACAGUGCGAAUAAAUGAUAAAGAAGUUAACGUGUCAAUGUAACUGAUGACCAUACGCACAAUUCCGUGAAAUUAAAUGUUUCCUGUGUUAAUCAGUAUUCUUAAAUUUAAAAAAAAAAUUUAUAAUGGAAA